UCAGAGUUUUUAUCUCUUAAAUAUUUGCUGUUACAAAGGUUGGUUUGAUACAAUCAUUGAAAUGAUGUAAUCGAGUUAGUGACAGACAAUAAGGCUUGUAUCAUUAGAGAGUUCUUAUUAUGGGGUUUUAAAACCUGAAAAAAUUAGAGCAAAUACGAUAUAUUUUAUAUUCGCUAUUUUUAAUAGGUAUGUGAUGUGGAAAUACGUAUCGAUUCGAGUCGACAUGUUGAAAUCUGCCUGUCUACUUUCAACUCGUUUGCUUGACAUGCCUGUGAAAGUAGAUAUUGUCUUUGUUGCUUUACAGGCUAAGUUAUACGAGUAAUAUUUUACACAUUUCACUUCCGCACCUUGCAACGCUUGUAAUAUUUGUAAAGAUCAUUUUCAAUUUAUCUUGUUUCGGCCACGACAACACAAGUUCGACAGUUGACACACAAAAUUCGGCUACAACAGCAUCUUGUAUAGGAAGAUCAGCAUUGGUAGAAUUAUAUUCGAGUGUUACACAUAAGUAAUGGAAGAAGAAGAAGUUGCAAGUAAGGACAAGAAUUUCGUUGUUUGUCCAGUUAAUUACAAACAAGCUGCAAAUGCAAUGGAUAGAAGCAAUGGAGUGAGGCAAAAUGAAAGUAUGUUCAAGGAACUUUUAAACGUUGAGAAUUGUAAUCAAUAUUCGACGAUGUUCAAGAACUGUACACAAGUUCACGUUGGACCGAGAAUAGAAAUUCAUUCUGAAAACCCGAAUGCAAGACGCUUAAAGAAAAAAGACGAAGAUACGAAUGAAAUGUUCGACAAUUACUGCCAGAAGUUGAAGGAAAAAUAUGUGACUUACUUUUCCUACAUGAAAUCUUUCUUGUGGGAAGGAAGGAGGAACGAUUUUCCACUAAAGGAUUACUUUGUAAAAUUAACUGUAGAGAAAGCAGAUUUAUUUGGAAAUGAAAGCGGAUAUAAAAUACGUCUGAAUGAGAUAUUUGCCGUAGAACGAGAUGGACAUCAAACUAUUUUAGUAACAGGAGAUCCCGGUUAUGGUAAAUCUACUUUAUGCAAGAAAAUUGCCUACGAUUGGGCAUCCUCCAAUUAUCUAAAACAUUUUCAAUUAGCUUUUAUUGUAAUAUUAAGAGAAUUAGGUGAUAAAAGUGUAACAGAUGUAUUACUCGGUGAUAUUCAUGAGUUAACUGAUAAAAAUUGGAAAUUGAUAGAUAAAAAACUGAAUGUUUUGGUGAUUUUAGACGGGUUCGAUGAGAUUGUAGAUAAAUCUAAAAUUAUAAAAUUUAUAAGAGAGGAAUCUUUCGAUAUUUCUCGCACAAUGACUAUUUUGGUAACGAGUCGACCUCAAGCGGCGGAAGAGAUCAGAGAGGACAUGAAGAUGAGGAUAUCGAUAAAGGGGUUCUCUUCAGAAUAUCAAGAAAAAUAUAUUCAAUUAAUGUUUAGAGAAGAUGACAGUAAAGCGAGUGAACUGAUUUCUGCUUUGAAAAAGAAUGACUUUUACAGAGAAAUAUCAGAAUGUCCUCUGAUGCUGCACAUGUUGUGUUGCCUUCAUCGAAAUGGAGAAAUGGAAAAACUUGAAACUAUGGCUGAUUUAUACAUUAGGAUAUUUACUCUUAUAACUGAACGUUACGUGAGAAAAACUAAUCAAAAAGAUAAAUUUAAACAAGGGAAAUAUUUUGUAGGAGAAAAUUUGCUUAUAAAAUUAAGAAGAUUAGAGAGAGGCGAAGAUGUUAUCACAUCACAAGAUUUGGAAACUUUAUUUCCGAAUGAAAGUGAACACAAUUUCAUUACUGGUGUGGACAUUCUUACUCUGGAUUCCUUUUCUGAAUGCGAUAAUAUCAUUAGAUACAGUUUUGUUCAUCGGACAUUUGGCGAAUUUCUUACAGCUUUAUGUGUAUAUAUCGGUUAUAUUUCUUUUCCAUAUUAUACUCGUGAUAUGGAGUUGUUAUUUUUAAUCGGAUUAUAUAAGGAUGAACCUUUACCCAAAAAGUUUUUAACAUAUGUCGACAAAGAAACGUUUUCGCCUCAAUUCUUUCUCCUCGCUCACAAACAAUUCAAAUAUAAAAGAAAUUGGGAACAAUUUCGUUUUCAUUCAAAUGUGGAAUUUAUUAAUUGGAAAACGCUGAUUGAUUAUCAACAGCUAUUUAACUUGUAUGAGUUCAAAAAAUUGUAUUUAUAUUUCGACAAGACUGACGCAAAAUACGAAAAACGAGAGGAUUACGUAAAUAACUUCUCGAACCAUUGGAAUUGUACGAAUAAUUUCAAGAUUUAUCUUGUUCUAUUAUUUCAUGAAGAGAUUUUGAAUAAUUUAUACGAUAUCAGAGAACCUGUUUCACGCAUUAUCGAUUUUCUUCAAGUAAUGAAUGUAAUUAACGUAGACAUUUAUUUUAUUGGCGUAAAAUAUUUUUCGGGCAAUUUUUUUAGAAUACAUAGAUUCACCAACGUAAAAUACAACUUGAAUUCGUCUGAGAUCCGAAAAUCAUUAAAUAUAAGUGAAGACGAAAAAUUGGUUGAAUUGGAAGUUGUGGACAAUUUCGAACGCUGUAACAGUUGUAUCCUGUCAUUGGAGCAAUACGAAACUUUACAUGAUCGUAUCUUAUUUCAGUCGGCCAGUAAACUGAAUUUAAAAUGUGUGAUGAUGUAGAAUUCUUUUGAAAUAUAUAAUAGGUUUUAUAUUAAAGAAUCGUCUAACCUCCAUUUAUGAAAUUAUACGUGUUUAUCUGUGACGAACUUUUUCAGUGUUACAGGAUUAAUUAGCAAACAAUUUACAUUAAUUAGUGUUUCGACAAUACCUUAAGUAUGAGCUGAUUAUUAAAUAUGUUCGAAAUCAACAAAUAAAAUACACCAAACUGUCCGUAGAAGUCAAAUGAAGUGUAAUUAACAUAUUAAAAACUAUUAUGAAUUUUUGUUAUAUAAAUUAAAAUAACUUUUUCUCAACGAAAUCAAGGUGUGGAAGAUUGCUAUUGACCACCAUUGAUAUGGUGAAAAUCAACGUUAUUUAAAGGCUAGAAAUGACAGAAAAAUAAACUUAAAGCAUGUGAAUUUCCUCUUUAUUCUCUCUUACAGAAUAAUAAAUUCCAUUUACAUUUAUAUGGAUUAGUGAAAUAUCUGAAUACUUUUGAAAAAUAAUAUGAAAAAUAAGAAUAUAGUUAUACGAAUAAAUUUAAGAUUUAUCUUGUUCUCUCACUCGAGGGAAAGUUUUCAAAUAAUUUAUACGAUAUCAGAAAACCUGUCUCACUUUUUAUCGAUUUCCUUCAAGUAAUGAACGUAAUUAACGUAGACAUUUAUUUUGUUGGCCUAUUUUGUUUUCCCGGUGAUUUAUUUUAAUUGGUUUGCCAAUUUAAAACACAAUAUGAAUUCGUCUGACAAUCGGAAAUUAUUAAAUAGAAGUGAAGAUGAGAAGUUGGUUGCAUUGGAAAUUGUGGACAUCCUGGAAGAUUCUAACAGUUGCAUCCUGUCUUUGGAGCUAUACGAAACUACGUGAUCAAAUUUUAUUUCAAUCAUUCAGUAGACAGAAUUUAAAAUGAGCAGUGAUGUAAAUUCUGUUGAAAUAUAUAUUAGGUUUUCUAUGAAAAAAUCGUGUAACCCUUUUUUUUAUGAAAUUACAAGUAUUUAUUAGUUACGAAACACCGCAUAAUGAAUGGAUAGACUAAACUGUUAAACGUUGUGAGUUUACGUUUAAAACGUUUUUGUAAGAUUAUAACUUAUGUAAAACAUAAAUAAUUAUGUUUUUUAUGCAUAGUAUCAGUCUUACGUUUCAACUUGUUUUUUUUUAAUAUUUAUACCCGGUUUGAAGUGUUACAGGUUACAGAAAUA